AUACAAACAUGAUGUAAAGUGUCACACUCAAUAAUGGCAUCACUCAUGACAAUGACUAGCCGAAGCUAACUAGAUCGUUAAUAAAGUAUGAGAACCAGUGAUUUGGCGGCAGGCUAGCUGAUUAUCAAGCAUGAUUAGUCAAGUAAACAAAUAUCUCUCUGUAUUCUUGAGAAGUGCUUCAAUUUCAAAGUGGAAGCCUCGAAGUUUCAAAACUUACUCUAGUGCAUGUCGGCCAUAUCACAACUUUAGUGUUCCUUUAAUGAGGUAAUCAAACCGGCAUUGGCAUUAAUAUUCUUCCACCAAAGAAAGUAAGGAACUAAAAUGCUUUCCCAAUUGGUAAAGGAGAAUCCUCACGUUUGUUACUAUGUUGGUCUCUUGUUGGUGUUUUUAUUAUUUUGUCAAAAAGCAUGGAAGCUUUUGUGCAACAAUUACAACUCCUCAGUUGGCAUUCCUCCAGGAAGUGGAGGGUUACCCUUUGUAGGAGAGACACUGCAGUUCAUGGCUGCAAUCAACAGCAGCAAAGGAGUCUAUGAAUUUGUUAGAGUUCGUCGCCUCCGGUAUGGAAAUUGCUUCAAGACCAAGCUGUUUGGCGAAACGCACGUUUUCAUAUCGAACACGGAGUCAGCAAAAGCGAUUCUGAACAACGAGGGAGGGAAGUUCUCAAAGAGGUACAUAAAAUCAAUAGCAGAGCUCGUUGGUCCUGAUAGCUUGCUAUGUGCUUCUCAGCAGUAUCACAAACACAUUCGAGGGUGUCUCUUCAGUUUGUUCUCAACUGAUUCUUUGUCCUCUUUCGUGAAACUGUUUGAUGAACUUGUUCUUGAAGCUAUGAGUAGCUGGAAAUGUGGAUCCACUGUGAUCAUACAAGAUGAAGCACUCAAGCUAGCUUGUAAGGCAAUGUGCAAGAUGUUAAUAAGCAUGGAGAGUGGCUCUGAGCUAGAGAUGAUGCAAAAGGAGGUUGGUCAUGUGUGUGAAGCAAUGCUUGCACUCCCCUUCAGGUUACCCUGGACCAGAUUCUACAAAGGACUUCAGGCUCGGAAAAAAAUUAUGGACAUGUUAGAGAAGAAUAUCAGUGAAAGAAGAAGUGGAAUUUCAAGUAGCCAUGUAGAUUUUCUUCAACAGCUUUUAGCUGAAGAUCAUGAUAAUAAGUUAAAUAAGGAUGAAGUCCCAAGGCUAACAGAUACUGAGAUCAAAGAUAAUAUCUUAACUAUGAUUAUUGCAGGACAGGACACUACAGCAACUGCAAUGGCAUGGAUGAUCAAAUUUGUGGAUGAGAAUGAGGAGGUUCUGAAUAUGCUUAUGAAGGAGCAAAUACAAAUUGAGAAAAAAGGUCCAAGAAGUACAUAUCUUACAUUGGAGGCUCUUAAUGAAAUGCCAUAUGCUUCUAAGGUCAUAAAAGAAGCUUUGAGGAUGGCAUCAAUAGUGCAAUGGUUGCCUAGAGUAUCACUCGAGGACUGUGAGAUUAAAGGACUUAAGAUCAAGAAAGGGUGGAACAUUAAUAUUGAUGCUAGAUCAAUACAUCAUGAUCCAACAACAUACAAUUAUCCGGAUGUGUUCAAUCCCUUAAGAUUCCAUGCCGAGACAAAACAGAACAGCUUCCUUGCUUUUGGGGUGGGAGGAAGGAUGUGUAUGGGGAAGAACAUGGCUAAAACCAUGAUGUUGGUGUUUCUCCACCGUCUCAUCACUAAUUACAAGUGGAAGGUGAUUGAUUCAGAUGCAAGUAUUAAAAAAUGGGCGAUUUUUUCUAAACUUCAGAAUGGAUGUCCAAUACGUUUGAUAUGUAUGAAGGAGGACACAAGCAACAAGACUGUGAUGGGAUAUUGAUCUACAUCUACAAGCAAUUUAAACGAGCACUUCAAAGCUUUACCAACAACUUUUGGGUUGGGCAUUUUUAUUUCUUUAUGAUGUAUUAAAAGGGGGCUAAAGCUCAGAAAACAGAAGACCUUACAAGCCCCUACUAUAUGAGCUAGGAGCAUAUGGUCUUUCUCAAUUUCAAGUAACAAGUUACUAGCUAAUUCACAUGUCCUGUAAUAUUGUGACUACUAUUAUCUAUUGUAAAUGUUAUUUUA